AUGCAGCAUUAUCCACAAUCAUCCACAAACACAAGUUCUAGCAGUUCUAGCAGUAGCAGCAAUGCCUCUGUGACUGCUGGGGCAGCACCUCCGGCUAGUGGCCGCCACCCGGUUUAUCGUGGAGUAAGGCGCCGGAGUAGUGGCAAAUGGGUGUCGGAAAUUCGUGAGCCAAGGAAGCCUAAUAGGAUUUGGCUAGGCACAUUUCCUACUCCUGAAAUGGCUGCAGUGGCUUAUGAUGUAGCAGCUCUUGCUCUUAAGGGCCCAUAUGCUGAACUUAACUUUCCCAACUCUGCCUCGUCUUUGCCCGUGCCUGCUUCCACUUCCCCACGUGAUAUCCAAGCGGCUGCAGCCUCUGCCGCCUCUGCUAUUGGGGCGGCUGCCUCUGCUAUUGGGGCUGGAAUAGAUGUCUCAACUGGGAAUGAAGGUCAUGGUGCUCAACGCACAGGUGAGAUGCAACAACCAAUGCUUGGUGAAUUUGUUGAUGAGGAUUUGAUCUUUGACAUGCCAAAUGUUCUUGUCAAUAUGGCUGAAGGGAUGAUGCUUAGCCCUCCUCGCUAUGACAUUGCUGGGGAUGCAGAAAACACUGAGGAUCACACUGAUCAGAACCUUUGGAAAUUUCCAUAG